AUGAAACUGCUGGAACAGAGAAGAGAGGAAUUAAACAAAAAGGAAGAAGAACUGAAAAAAUCAUUUGCAAAAUUUGAUAAGUUCUUGAGGGAAAAUGAUGCCAAGCAAAGCAGAGCAAAGAGCAAAAUAAGUAUUGAAACUGAACUAAUCAAGCAGAAAGAGAAGGAGAUUAUUCGAUUAAAGAAAGAACUAAGUGCCCUGAUCAUUAAGAGGGAUAAACUGAAAAAGAAAGUGAAGUCAUAUACCAUUUAUCCAAAAUUCUUGGAGAAAGUGAUCAAAAUGUCAAAGGAGUACCAUGAAGAUCAAGAAAUUAUGAAGACACUUAAAUCAAAUUAUAAUAACAUGAUGAAGGAAAAGGACAAUGAAAUUAUGAUGUAUCAUAAUGCCAUAGCAGCAAUAACACAUCGAUUAGAAGCAGCCAAAGCUAAAACUAUAAAAGGGGAAUCCAUAUGGGCACAUAUUCAAAACACAGCAGCCAAAAGGACUCUUGUCUUGGGUAUGAUAAAGAUGGCGAUUUUUAACCUUUAUAUGUAUGUAAGAAAAGCAGAAAUGAAACUUGGCACCUUAGCAGAGGAUACAGAUAUUCAGCUUCAGGUGGUUGCAAUCAGUUAG